GAGGUCUAACCAUAAGGCGUGAGUCACAAAAGCCACUCCUUCUGCAGAGGGGGACACCCUCUGUCUACAGUGCUAGGGGGCAUAAACUCUUUCCCCUGUAUAUAAGUAAGUGCUUCUGCAACUUUCUUCUGUGCAUUGAGCCCACACACAGCUCCACCUUGUACAAGCAGUUUCCUGGGUGUUGCUCAGACCUACAGUCCAAAGUCCACUUCCAUCCCACAGCCAUGCCAGCCUCUGCUGUCCGGUGCCUGCUAGCUGCCAGCCUGCUGGUACAAAUUGCUAUGGGAGCUUCACAGCACGAAGACCAUGCAGGAAGAAGUAACAUGACGGUCUGCCUCCAGCCCAAGGUUGAAGGUCCCUGCCGAGGACAGCUGCCUCAUUAUUAUUACGAUAGGUACACGCAGACAUGCCUGGAGUUCCUAUAUGGAGGCUGCGGUGGUAAUGGAAACAAUUUCGAGAGUCUGGAAGACUGUGAAAAAACAUGCUGGAAAAUCAAAAAAGUGCCUAAAGUGUGCAGAAUGGAGGAAGAGACAGGGCCUUGCCGGAGCUACCUGAAGCGCUACGCUUAUAACUUGGCCAGCAUGAAGUGUGAACAGUUCAUAUAUGGCGGCUGCUACGGCAACGACAACAAUUUCAGAGACGAAGCAUCUUGUCUGGAGAAAUGUGCGCCCAAGCGAAAUGCUCCCAGUUUCUGCUAUAGCCCAAUGGAUGGGGGAUCAUGCUCUGCUUCUGUUACUCGCUAUUAUUUCAACGUUGAAAGCAAAGCCUGUGAAGAGUUUACAUACACUGGUUGUGGGGGAAACUCUAACAACUUUGUCAGACGUGAAGACUGUAUUAGUACGUGCAAGAAAGGAAAUAAAAAGCCAAGGAUUAGGAAUCGUAUUCGCAAGCUGAAGACACAAUCUUGAGUGGAGAAUGGGGAAGAUAACAAUUUUAUAUGUCCACAUUUAGGCACUUUUUGUCUUUCUACGGACAACUGAGACACAUCCUGCAGAGAAGAUCAUUACUAAUUUUACAAUAUAAUGGGAAUAUUGUAUUGCCAAUCCCAUGAAAUAUCACAUUUUCUUCCUGAAUAAUAACCUACAUAUAAAUUUUUUACAAUAAGUUUACAAUUGUCUGGUUAGGAUGGAUGCUGAAGACAUUUCGAUUGUAACUAAGUGGAAAGUGCAGCUACGCCAUAUUAAUAAUACAGUGUUUAAUGUGAAUGAAAAUAUGCAGUGACCAUGAAUUUUGGACAGUUACAUGGAUGAUAAAAUCAAUGGCACGUCGGGAUCCCGACUGCCGACAUAUUCCGGUAGCAGAGCCAGUUCCACAACUCUGGCUGUGCCCCAAGGGGGGAGUGUAGUAUAUUAGCAAAGGACUAAAUAUAAUAUUCAUGUGGAUGUUGACAGUAAAAUGCUGAUAAAUUGUAAUAGAUGUGAUCUCUCAGUCCUUGCAGCUAUAUGUAAGCAAAUCCAGCCUUGCAUGCUUCAAUCUAAAUGAAAUUAAUGAUCUGUAAUGGACACAAGUAUUAGUGUAAAGAAAAAUCAGUAGGUAGCAUCUAGUAACAUUGCAUUUUAGUGCAAAAUUUGCAUUGAACCAUAGUAACCAUUUAACAUUUGCUUUUUAUAUGCCCAGAACAUUCUCGUCCCCUAUAGCCGUGGUCACUGCCUCCGUGUGGUAGACCCCCCCCCCCCCCCGAAUGGGUCACGGUCAAGCCCGCUUUUGGCCGUAAUCUAUUUUGGAAGUUUGCCAUGUUGGGCGGUGUGACAUCGAGUGUUGGGUUCUUUUGGUCCGAAUGCAUGUUUGGCGCAUAAAUUCAGUGCUACUAAAUGACCUUUAACGUCAACACUCUACAUUUAGUAGUAAAUGUAAUACAUAUGCAUGCAUAGGUAAGAGUCGUAGACACGUUGAGCUUUGUUGCGCUGAUUAAAACCAUAGCAAUUAAAGAUUCAUGAUCCCUUUGUAAGAUUGUAUUUAUGCGUAGAUAUCAUUAUGCAACACUUUGCUGAUAGAAUUAUAAUUUUAAAAGCAUGUAGUUGUAUUAUAAGGAUGGAUGCUGCCUUAAAUGUGUGAAGAAUUAUACUGCACAUUGUCGCUUUGUGGAGUACUGUAUUAUAUUUGUCUUAUGUGCGCCAGUGAAAGUCCAUAACUUAUCAUUACUAUUUUCCUAGCAUUAAGAAUUCUCAGACUGUUAACAGUUUCCCAAUAACUUUUGCAUUGUAUGAGACUACAUGGAAUGGAUGUGGACUGAGUAUUUGUACACAUUAUGCACCCCAUUUAACAACAGAUCUUAUUACCCGACGGGGACUGGCCAAUCCCUGCAAGGCUUUGCUAAAGCUUAAAUGGCUGUGCUGGGUCCCCAUUGCUGACGGUUCCGGUAUGAAUGGUCGACCAUGUUAUGGUAGACAGUCAUUAGGUCGACCACUAUUGGCUGACAUGGACAAAUGGUCGACACAUGAAAAUGGUCGACACGUGAAAGGUCGACACAUGGAAAGGCCGACAUGAGUUUUUGAAACUUUUUUUGGUGUCGGUUUCUUCGUAAAGUGACGGGGAACACCAAUUACUGCACCGCGUCCCCUCGCAUGGCUCGCUUCGCCCGCCAUGCUUCGGGCAAGGUGCCUCGCUGCGCUCGGCACAGAUUACCGUUCCCAAUCGUAGUCCACGUGGAUCGUAAAGUAUGGAAAAGUUCCCCAAAAUAAUAAAAAAAAAAAACCUCAUAUUGACCUUUCCAUGUGUCGACCUUUUCAUGUGUCGACCAUGCGUCCAUGUCGACCAUGUCAAUGUCGACCAAUAGUGGUCGCCCUAAUGAAUGUCGACCAUAACAUGGUCGACCAUCCAAACGGAUACCAUUGCCGACACGGGGACAAUAUCACUCUUGUCAUCUGUAGAUGGUGUCAGCGGUACAGUGACAAACAGUGGUGAUCUUAGUUUACCGCUGUUUGUUGAAUAUGGGAAAAAAAACAACCAUUAACCAUUUAGCGAGUGCUAAAGAGGUUAUGUCUUGUUCUUAAAUGGUGCCCUAAGUGCUUUUUAAAGCCAUAUCCUUAGUUCGUUUUUUUUUUUUUUUGGCAUGUUAAUGAAGAGGAAGACAUGGGUGCUCACAGAGAUCAUUGAUAUUUGUGGAGAGAAGCCUGGGCAGUGUCUAUGACCAGAGGAACACAGAUGGCCAUAAUUUAAUUUUCCAUUGUCCGUUGUCCACUUUGGCAAGAAGGACGCUUUACAUUAUGGAAAGUGCAACGAGCAGCUGCAUCCUAAAUCCACAGAAAAACAUGUCUUUUCCACUGUACUGUGGUUCCACUGAUAGAAAAGAUGCUGUAUGUAGUUUAUUCCAAAAGAACGCAAAAGAUUGUGAGUUGCUUCCACAUUUACUGUGAGUGACUAGUAGUACGCCAUUAGGGUAAAACCAUUUAAUUACAUUUGUUGUUUUAACUGGAAUCACUUUGAGCUGUCAGCUUGAAUGAUGGGACAUAGAUAUGCCCUAUAUACAAUGCUUGUCAACACAGUAUGUCAGAAACAUUUCUAAUAUAUACUGAAAACUGUGUGAGCGAGACACUGCAGCAUGCUGCAUCUGUGGGUGAUCCAGUAUAUUUUUUUAUUGCAGUGAACAUCAUUGCAGCAUUAGUUAUAGGAAUCAAUGGGGCAGAUGUAUUAAGCCUAGAGACGGCGUAAGGAAGUGAUAAACCAGUGAUAAGUGCAAGGUGAUAAAUUCACCAGCCAAUCGGCUCCUAACUGUUAAUUUACAUAUUGUAGCUGAUUGGCUGGUGCGUUUAUCACCUUGCACUUAUCACUGGUUUAUCACUUCCUUAUGCCUUCUCCAGGUUAAUCUGCCCCAAUAUUUUUACAGUAAAGUUAUCUUUUAACCUUUUAGUGAACACAGGGGCAGAUGUAUUAAGCCUGGAGAAGUGAUAAAGUAGUGAUAAGUGCAAGGUGUUAACGCACCAGCCAAUCAACUCAUAACUGUCAAUUUACAUAUUGGAGCUGAUUGGCUGGUGCAUUAUCACUUCUCCAGACUUAAUACAUCUGUCCCACACCACCUAGCUGCACACCAGGCAGAUUGUUAUUCUUGCCUGCAAUGGGAUCAGUAUGAGAUCCUGGCUGUCGGGAUCCUGACAGCUGGGAUAAUACCGGUGGCGAGUGCACAGGGUUCUAUCCCCCUAGGGUGGUGCUGUGGUAUUGCAGCUUGUGUUGGGAUUCCCGCAUCGGUUAAUUCACCGUCAGGAUCCCAUCCGGCGUUCAAUUGACUGCCUCCCCAUGCAACAGUUGGGCUCCAUCUCUGUUUAACCAAAAUUGCUAUUAGUCUCCAUCCUACAGUACACUCUGGGGGAGAUGUAUCAAAGUUUGGAAAGAGAUAAAGCGAAGAGCAAUAAAGUACUAUCCAAUCAUCUUCAAACUGCCAUUUCACAGGAUGUGUUUGUAAAAUGACAGGAGUUGAUUGGAUGGCACUUUAUCUCUCUCCAAGCUUUGAUACAUCUCCCCCUCAAUGUAACAUAGCAGUAGACUGGCCCCCAGACUUGAGUACGAGCCAUAAGAUACUUUAUCACUUUAAAGGCAUUUCCUAUGAAUUCCUCUUUGUACAUAACGCUAUUUAGGAAACACAUAUAUAAAGUUUUGGAUGAUGCAAUAUUCAAGUUUCUUUCUCAUUUCUUUAUCACAAUGUAAUAUAAGGGCUUCCAGGCUGAUGGUUUGUGGCUGUCUUUGUUGGUGUGUAUGUACUAUAAGUAUGUGUAAAUAUAUGUAUAAAAACAGGAAAGGGCUGAAGAUAUGUAAUUCGAGAAUGAAGAUAUUAAGUUGUUGAUUCACUUUUUUCUUAUGAUAUUUCAUUGGACUGUUUUUCUUUUUUUUUAAUUGAGAAAUAAAGAGUUUUUCUGUUUAUAAUAAAACAAACAAACAAAAAAUAAAA